AUGGAGAAAUUAGAUAUUACUGAUGGUUUUGCAGACCGUGAAGAUAUAAUAGAAGCUGAAGAUGAAGAGGAGGACAUGGUGCAAGAUUGGACUGAAAUAUCGCGAAUGGUUUUGAGCAAUAAUCCAAUCUCACUUCCACGAAGAGGUGAUAAAGAAUAUGAGCCUGACGGUUCCAAUAUUCAAGAGGUACAACUGUCAAAAGCCAAAGAUAUUAUGUUUGAUACGUUGAGAAAUUCGAUCAGAGGAUCUGUUAUCAAGUCACAAGUCAAAGCAUAUUAUAAUAUUGAUAAACACAAAGCAUACGUUCCACAUCCUAAGGGUAGUUUUUUACAAACCAUGGGAUGGGCUGAUUCUAAUGGUGUAUUUUGGUUAGACUUUCAUGAGUUAGUCUAUCUAUCUGAAAGAGGGACUGUAACACCAUAUUGGGGUUCAGACGAUAGUAAUGAUGAUGAUGGCAAUCUGGACAUUCCUUUAUCAAUUGAAGACCUAUAUCUUUUAUUUAAAUCACAAGAAGAUUACGAUAAUUUCUUAGUUUAUUCACAAUUAAAAAGGUUAGGCUUCAUCGUUCUACUAGAAAAAGAUAACCGAUAUCAUGCUACAUCCUUUUUUCCCCCAGUGAGUGAGCAUACCUCUAUGAUGACUGCUAUCGGCUCAAAUAUUCGAAGCAGUAUUUCAUCGGUAUUUGUGCUAAAUAAAGCUUUAUUCUCUGGUACGUUCUUAUAUUCUAAAUGGAACUAUAUUCUAAGGAGAUUUACGACUAACGAUCAAUUAUACAACAGUAUCGGAUCUUUAAUUCCUACACAAACUGUACCGAAAUCUGAUACUGAACUUAGAGAAUACAACGGAAUUCUUAAUGGCAAUCCACCCAGUAAUCUAAAAAUUGUCUUUAAAUUGUGGAAACCUCAGGUCAAUUUCAAGAAGAAAAGUCCAGCAUUGCCGGAUUACCAAAUAGUAGUUUAUAAUAAAAACAACAAAAAUCAACAGUUCCCUUCAUACCUAAGUUUGAAGAAUAUAUUUAGUAAAUUGGACUAUAAAUUUGAUUUUCUGCAAGAAAUAGAUGAUGACUUCUGGGAUAAAAACACUUUUACUAAUGGGGUACCUAGGUUAGAGUAUCUCACCAGUAUAGGCCGUAAUCUAGAUAAAAAGAAUAGCAAAGGAAAAAAAUCUGGUCAAGUAUCAAGUACACCUUUUAAUAACAAAAAAAAGAAACCUAAAGGAAGAAGCAAACUUUCAGCAAUAAAACAAGGGUAUAGGAGUUUUUUAUUGGCAGUUGUUGACAAUGGUCUCGUUUCAUUUAUCCGGAUAUCUGAAACUGAAUUUAGAUAUUAG